AUUCCUGAGCUUAGAGAAGGCUGCGUCGUGCGCUGACGCAGCUGCCUACCCGCCGCCGCCCUCCUGCGCCCUACAAGCUGCUCAGCUGGACGCAAGAGUCGAUCGGAGGCUUUAGGACCCGUCCGGCCCGCGGCUGCUUCCGCCGGUGCUGGACGAGCGCGGGAGGGCAGGGCGCUGGAGCCGGGGGCGGCCACCGCGGGCUUGACGCUCGGCCACCCCCACUGAGAAGGACGGAGCGCGCCUUCCGGGAACCAUGCGCGGACGCCGGCGGGGCGCAGCUCAGCGCGCAGGUGAGCUCAGCCCAGCGGGACCCCCUCCCUAAGCAAACCCGCCCCUCGUGGGGGUGGGCGGUGAGAGCCCCUUCCCCACGCUCGACGGGGGCUCUCCCCCCCACAUCUCCGCGGUGGGGAUUUCUGUGAUGGGGCCGCUUCAGUGUUGUCCGGGGUUCCGACGUGCGCUUUCUGACGGUGGGGAGACUCAGAAAUUCCGUUGGGGUGGGGGGUGUUCAGCGCCUGGUGCGCUGCCAUCCUCUGCGUGUCUCCCUAGUAGAAACCAUGGGCAGAGAGUGUGUGCGUGUUUAAGUGAGGUUGCAGCCUCACCCGCCGUCGGGUUGAUCGUAUAUUAAAAGUCUGCGCUUUAUUCUUUUGAGGAGAGGGAACCAUUGAGGACGGAGCGGGCUGGGCACUGCGGGGCGAGGCAGGUGGCGUGAAACCACUUGCUGGCCGCCGGGGUCCGGCUUCUCUGCUUCUGGGGGAACGCAGGAUCCCCGAUGCCGAUCCAUAGCUGUAAAACGUUUCCCUUUUUUAAAGGGAAAUUCCAGUAUUCCGAAUAGGAUUCCUCGCAAGAAAAGGGAAAAGUUGACAGCUAUGGCCGAUCCCUCGGUUUGCGGGGGAGUAGUGACGCUGUGCUUCGACUCCUCGUUUUCUUUCCUCUUGAAAAAGCCCCAAACUCGCGUUUUCUUCGGCGAGGGCUGAACGAGGACAAGCCCCACACCUAGCAAACGGGACGUGGGGCCUGCGUGCAAGUGUGUCUGUUGGAGACUCAGUGAGACAUCCUCCCUGUUUAAGGAACGCGGUUAGGAUGGCAGCUUUCCUGCCUUCCGAAAAUGCGCGCGCAUGCAAAGUUGCGGUGCUGCUUUUUUUCUUCUUCUCGUUUUCCUCCCCUUCCUCCUUUCUUUCCACCCUUCCUGCAGCGUCUUCGUUUCCGGGAGGGAGCCCUGCCUCUCCCUCGCUUCCUCUUCUCUCUCCAUACUUCUUGGCUUUUGCAGGACUUUGCCCAGGCGGGAGCUUUUCUCCCAACUGUUGCGUCCCGGAUCUUGGAGGCUGCCCUUACACGCCCGAUCUUCGGAGGGAAAGCAGUUUUGCAGACGCGCACACACAUAUCUUUUGCAUUUGAUUCUGAAUGACUGGAAACCUCUAGAUGCUGAUGAUUUCUUUAUUUUGGGGCAUGUACAGGGUGCCCAGAAUCACAGCAGAGUUUGAGCAGCUUUGAGCUUGACUCUUUAGGCCACUGAUUUUUAAGUACAGUAGCGGUUACUUUUGACCUGAUGUUUUGGACCACAACUCCCAUCAUCCUCAGCUGGCAGAGCUGAUGGGUGUUAUCCACAAAAGCAUCUGGUUUUGGAGAGCCUUACAUAGUGUGAAAUGUUUUUUAACUGGGCUUGUUGUAUUGUUAGAUGGAUUUUUAUAUUUGAUGUACCUUGGGAUUGCUUGCUUUGCAAAAAGUGGGUGAAAAUGUGUAGGUAAUAGUUUUAUUACCAGAUGCAAAGGGGGACAUUCGUUUGCCUUCAGACCUGUAAACUUUGGCUGCAAGAGACGCUGCAUUAGCUAAAACUUGGUUGUCAUAAUUUCCCAUGAUCCCUUCUUGUCCUCACAACUUCCCUGGGAGGUGGGCUAGGUCGAGAGAUGGAGGCUGAACCAAAGUCACCCCUGAGCUUUGAAGCUGAGCGGAGAUUGCAGCUCAGGGCUCUACACUUCCAGCCUCCUGGGACCUUCUCAACAUGGUUGGACUCGUGACUUCCACCAUCCCUGAUCAAGUGGGCAUCCCAGUUAGGGGCUGAUGAGAGUUGUGUUAUGACAAUAUAUGGGCCACAGGCUUUCUCCUCCAUUCUGAUUGGCAUUCACUUUCCCACACAGCUCUUAAGCCUUCCAGAAGAGUGGCUGUCGUAACAAAGACAGAGCCUUGCGGCACUUUUGAUGGCGUAGCAGAUUGGGGUGUGUGUGUGUGUCAUCAGCUUCUGUGGACUAACAUCCAAGUGAUCAAGUGCAUGGCUAGCCUCGGUUCUCUCUCAUAGGCAGCUGUGCUCAGGCUGAGGGGCCAAAUGGCUUUGGAAAUGCAAGAUGCACAAUUUCUUUGGCAGGGAGGGGGGUGGAAUUCAAAACAUAUGGAGGGCAGCUCCGGUCAGUAAGCCACACUGACUCUUCACCACAUCUGCAGUCUGUGGCAAAUGUUGACCGAGUUUGAAUGUAUGCACUGAUCACUCGCAAUAGGGGCAUGUUAUAGCAUCACCAAAGGCCCAGGCUUUGGUUUGCUGAUUUAAUGCCCUGCGGUGGGAGAGAGAACCUAGCUUCCUAUUGCGUCCUAGAUGAAUACAAUCAAACCGGCAGAAAAGUUAUAAUUGAGCAAUUAUGGGAGUGGGUGUACUUACUGCAACAGUUAAGGACAGUGGUAAAGACCUUGUAAGCACUGGGUUAGGUCUUCUCUCAACAUCCUCCAGAGGUUAGUCUAAAGCAGAGGAGGGAGACCUCAGGUCCGGGGACUGAAUGCAGUCAUCCAAGUCUUUCUAUCUGCUCCUCGGAUUCUGCAGACCACUCCCCACAUACACACCUGAGUAGCUCGCACCCACCUUGCGUAUUUCUGCCUGGGCGAAAUGUAUCCUCAAACUUUCAUAAUGCCCUCUUGCUUCUUUAUUGAUUUUAAAUAUUUCUAUAUGACAAGUAACUAAAGUUCCAUAGCAGUUAAUAGCAAUUAAAGCAAAAUUAUAAUUAUAAGAUUAUAAAAAGUAUAUAAUAAAACUGAAGAGCAGUACAGUGGUACCUCGGGUUAAGUACUUAAUUCGUUCCAGAGGUCUGUUCUUAACCUGAAACUGUUCUUAACCUGAAGCACCACUUUAGCUAAUGGGGCCUCCUGCUGCCGCUGUGCCGCUGGAGCACGAUUUCUUUUCUCAUCCUGAAGCAAAGUUCUUAACCCGAGGUACUAUUUCUGGGUUAGCGGAGUCUGUAACCUGAAGCGUCUGUAACCUGAAGCAUAUGUAACCCAAGGUACCACUGUACAGUGAUCCAAAUAGAACAAGCAUAACAGUGUGGUUAAUUUCCAAAGGCCAAUUGAAACAAAGGUAGUGAGAAGUCCGGAGAAUUUUCCUAAGAAGGGAAUUGCAUUAAUAUUCUGCUCCUGAGGGAGGAUAAUAGUUUUAUUCUGUUCUAUUUUCAUAAUUCUGUUUUAUUAUUUUUAUGUUGUAUUUUCCUGUACCACUUAAGAGUUUUUAAAAUAUUAAGUGGCUCAGAAAUGUUUUAAAGCAGCUGUUGCCAAACAUUUUCGAGGCACUGCCCCCUCGGUUCCAUAAACUCAUUCCCAGUGCCCCCUACCCUAUUGAAAGUAUUGUUAAGAAAAGCCGUUUACAUGACCCACUAAGGAGGAUAAUAACACAAUAAAAUUCAGAAAUCCAAUUAAAACUAUCUUAUUUAAUUAAUUCAACAACACCGAUGAACUUGCUCCAAUGAUACCAACUUUUCAAAGUCUUAUAGUCAAUUAGCAAGAGUCUUACUAUGUUUAGUAACUACAGUGGUACCUCCAAUUGCGAACAGGAUCCGUUCUGGACGUCCGGCCGUAUCCCGAAGUUUUCGCAACUGGAGAGCCCGCUUCUACGCAUGCAUGAGCGGCGAAACACUUCCAGGUUUGUCGCUUUCGCAACCCCAAGUUAACAUUACCCGAGGGUAACGUAACCCGAGGUUCCACUGUACUUCACUGUUUUGUAAAUUCUUAAUACGAUGCGUGGGCUUAAUAAAGUGUUACCAGUUUCUCUGCUUCAGAGUCACGUAGCAGGAAUCUUAAACCACCAUGUUUCGUAAUCUGGAGUUGAUUUAUUUGCUUGGAGAGAAGUUGGACAACCACACUAAAACCACGUUCCACCAAAUUGGAUGCUGAAAAUGCAACAACAGGCUUCUGAACCACUUUUCAUAGUGCAGGAUAGCAGAUCAGAAAUUUCCUCCUGUUCCCAGAACUAUUGGUAUGAUUUUUUACAACUUUGGCUUCAGCUCAGUGUCGUUUUGUAGCUCAGUUUUUUGUCCACUGCCCCAGCUCCACUACAUCCCAAUGUGAUGCUGUGGCUUUUAAUUCUCCUAAAAAAGCUAAAGUAGUAUUGGAAGCAUAAACAGGAAUGUGGUUCAAGGUCUGUUCCUGAGUUAAGGUUCACUUAAGAAUUUAUAUUAGAUUUAUGUAAUGGUCGGGCACAAAGGAAAUUUUUGAGGUUCCUAUGACAAUUAUGGGGUGGGUGGGUGUGUUUAACCUAUACAUAAAUCAUUACAUUACUUGCCACAACAAUAUAAAGAUCAUACACCCAAUGGGUGGGGUAUAAAUAAUAAAAUUAUCAUCAUCUUCAUUAAAGUUCAAAAACCUCUGGUUUUCACUGCUGGUCUCCCCCCAUCCCACCCCCGUGCUGGAUCACACACCCAAAGAAAAACCACUUUGUCAACAUGGCUUUUAGCAUAUUAUUACAUAUUAACUCUCACCAGCAGCCUGUUUUUGGAGCGGGACUGAAUGAUUGAAUCAUAGAACUGUAGAGUUGGAAGGGGUCCUAAGGGCCAUCUAGUCCAACCCCCCUGCAAUCCAAGAAUCUAGAGGGCCACAUUUGCCUUAAAGGUCUGAAAUGCCUCACAUCUGACUUAGUGUUAUAUGCCCCUACACAGUUACUGAGUCAAUUUCACCUUUUCUUUUAGCUAUGAUUUUUGUGCUAGUCAGGCCUGUGUAUGUUAAUAAUCCCUUACAUACACUGGUUGGAAUUGGACCUGCAUCUCCUUGCUAGUAAGGUGGCAAUAAUGAGUGCGACCUACAGACAGGUGAUCGUGUAGCAGCGUCCUGGCGAGCCAGUGGGGAAGCAACAGUUGUCAAAAUUUGUAGGGAAGCCGCUAUCUCUCUGUUGCUAGGACCAGGCGUGUUCUGCAUCAAGUUAAACCAGUUUUUUUUAACCUUAAAUAGCUUCUGUGUUUCCACAAAUAUUUGCGUGUACUGUACUGCAAAAGAAAAAGUGCAUUUCUAAAAGGGACACACUUAACGUUUCCAAAAUAGUUGAUUGAUGUUUGAUUUUGUUUUUUAAUGGUUUUUAUUGCAUAGUUUUAUGUAUACUUUGAUACAUUUCUGUCAAUAGCAACAUAUAAACUAUAAAAAUAUUUUUUUAUAAAUAGAUACAAUAAUAAUGAAGGGCUGUGAAACAGAUAAAGCUGUGUAUAAUCACUUUUUAAAUAUGCAGAUUAUCAUGUAUGGCUCUUUGGGUGUGCUCAAACUAGUAUUAUUUAAUUCAUGGUUUGAAUUUGAUUGAUCCAAUGCUAAUCCUAUUCAUAGCAGACCCAUGGAAAUCAAUGGCCGUGACCAGAAUGGGUCUAUUAAUUUCAGUUAGAAAUUAACUUAGUUGGAAAAUGCAACAAUUUGAUUGUGCAAUUGCUUGUUUUGUUUUAUUUGUUCUUUGUUAUUGCUCCGGAUAGGGCUCACAACACAACAUAUGUACAGUAUAAAUGGUAAUCAGAUAUAUAACGUAAUAUGGAAUAAAAACAUACAUACACUAUGAAAUCAGCAGUAAAUAGUACAUUCUGUACCUUUGAAACACAAUCACACACCUCUCAAAGAAUUCUGGGCACUGUAGUUUGUCGGGGGGUUGCUGCAAAUUGUAACCCUUUGAUUAUUCUAUGUGAACUCCAAACAACAUUUAAACCACACUGUAAGACUGCAGUCCUAAACUCAUUUACAGUGGAGUAUGUCCCACUGAAAUGCUUGGUGCUUCUACAAAAACUUCUGCAGGACUGUGUUGUGUCCUUUCAGUGCUGGAUUUACAUAUAAGCUAAACAAGCUAUAGCUUAGGGCCCCACUCUCUUGGGGGCCCCUAAAAAUUUUACAGAAAAAAAACCUGGAUGUACAUUUCCAAAGUAUAAGAUAAAAAACAAAUAAAAUAAAACCUACAUACAGCAACAGUGUUUUGUUUUGUGUUGUGUAGGCUCCUAUGAUGUAAUGGGCCCCCAAUCAUUUUAAGUUAGAGCUUAAUAAUUAUUUCACUAUUAAUAUACUUCUGCUUAAUUGUAUUUCACUAUUAAUAUACUUCUUCUUAAUUGUAUUUCAGUUCAACAAUUACUUUGAUAAAAUACAUAUUUUGUUAUGUGCAAAUGGCUCUAGAUACCUAUUAGGUCCAUAAAUUAUCAUAUAGCAUAUAUUCAACACAAAAAACAGGGACAAUUUGUUGUUGACAAAGGACAGCUGGACAUACAAAGGGCCCCAUUACCUUCAGUAGCUUAGGGCCUCAUCAAACCUUAAUCCAGCCCUGUGUCCUUUAUUGAACAACAACUCCUAAUAUUUAAGUUCAAGAGUUUUUGACUACAGAACCAUUUUGACAUGCUUAACCUCAAGCGCCCUAAAUUGGAUUGCAGAAGCCACAUCACUACCAAGCACUGCCUGUGUUUCUAAGCAUAAUUUCAUAGUUUUACCUCUGUGAGGACUAGAAACAUGCAUGCAUUUUUCUCUGAGAAUGCUUGUGUUUUCCACUUGUCACACUUGCUUUCUAUAGCUCCAAUCUUUUCUACACUCACCUCAUGGUCGUUUCUCAUGCCCUUUCUGAGAGAUUCCUUUCAUUAACCUCACUGCUUUUCAAAAGUUGGUUUUUCAAAGCAUGGGUGAAAAGGAAGGUUGUGAAUGAAAACAGCUAAAACGCCAGAGGCAAGCUUUUGUGACCUACAGAGUUCUUCAAGCUUAGAUGUUCAGAGCAAAAACUUUCCCCACACUCUCCUGCAAUUGCUAGCUAGAGCGUCUACCAAGCCUGGGCUGCUGAACAAGGAAGCAGGAAGUUAUUUUAUUUCUUUAUCAUUUUAUUAUGGAGGUACCUAGCUCACCUUCCAGAUAAGCCCACAGAGCAGUUAAGAUCAAAGAAAUAAAAAGCAUUAAAAUGCAUAUACUCUAAAAGCAGAAUGCUUUUUUAAAAAUGCAAUUUAAUAAUUAUUAAUGGCUCUCUUCCACCUUUCCCCCAUAUUUUAUCCUAGCAACAAGUUAGGUUAGGCAGAAGGACUGACUGCAUUAAUCACCUUGCAGACAUUGAGUGCUUGCUGGUGGACACCUGAGUUACAAAAAUCCUCCCAGAGUAGCCGAGGGCCGCAUAUUCUCAUGGAGAACCUCCUGGGGGCCGCAUUACAGCACUGGGCAGGGCGAAGGGGGAAAGCUGGGUGGAUCAGUGGUUCUGGAUUAGCAUUGCAUUCAGCUAAGUACUACUCAGAGGAGAUCCAUUGGAAUCAGUAGACCUAAGCUGGUUGUGCUCAUUAACUACAGUGGGUCCACUCUGAGUAAUGCCAGCAUUGGCUACAACCCCAAAGGAGACUGGAUUCCAACGGCACAAAAUUUUGAGAGUAUCUAUGCCUGCAUAAUAUGCCUUUCUUCGUUCUGCAUUCAGGCAUUAUCAGAAUUUGAUGACACGUUUCACCUGGCGUAAGCGCUUAAAGGGGGUGCAGCCUGAGAAGAGUCCUGAGGGCCGGAUAGGGAGACUUGAAGGGGCCUGAGGUUCCCCACUGUUGUGCUUGGACAAUGUACCAAGUAGGGUCUGUGUGUGCCCCCUCCUUGUUAAUACCUGCUUGUUUGUGGUGUUAUUUCAAGCAUCCAGACAAACUGGAACAGGCCCUCCAGUUCUUGUUUGCUGUGACUAAGUUUCAUUUGUACCGCACCCUUCCUCUAAAAGGACACCAGGGUGGCCUUUGUGUUCUUCCCAGUUGCUCCACAUCCAUGUUUUUAAAAAAAUAUUUUCUUCAUGGGAUAUAUGCAUUGCCUAGGCCAGAGCCUCGGUGGUGGGCGGCUUAACGACAGCACACGGAAUUCCCAAAUAUGAAAUUUUAAACAUAUACUGGCGACUUGUCCUCUUACGCAGGGCUUACGUUUCAGACCCUGUGUGCAUAAGUGAAAUUGCCUAAAGUGGGGAGCGCCUUCUAAAUAUCCUUUAAAUGCCCUCUCUGCCGCUCUCCAAUCCAGAUCAAAAAUACUGUACUAAAAAUAUCCACAACCGUAAUGGAAGCUCUGGGGCUGGCUGGAGGCUGGAGACUGGACCAGAUGGGCCAUUGGCCUGAUCCAACAAGCUCUUCUUAUGUUCUUAUGGAGGUGAAGGAGGAGGAAAUGUCAUCUGGCCUAAAGUCACCUGGAGAUCUUCCUGAGUGAGGAUUCAAACCCAUCUCUCUUCAGUCAAGAGUGCGGCAUUCAUCCCAUUAUACUAUGCUUCCCAUCUAUAUCAACCUUAGGGAACUAUUUGUUCCCAAACCUUUCACUGGUGACAUUUGACGGGUCGGUGGGGCUGCCCACCUAUCCAUCACUUGAUGUUGUAUGACACGAGGCCAUCCUAUCCCAGCCAAAAGUGGCACACCUUGUAGUUGGCACCAAAUUUAAAUUGCGGCGAGUGACAGGUGUACUUUAUUUUAGCCGUGGUCUUUAACUAGGACCAGUGGGUUGCUGUAAGUUAGUUUGUCUGGGUCACACAGUUGGGUUUGGCCUCUUCUGGCCGUGCACCCUAGCACUUCCUCUUAUUGUUCUUCUCAGUUUGUCAUGCUGUAAUUUCCUGCACAGUCUUUGUUUUUCUUUGCUGUGUCCUUUCUUUCUGUACAUUUCACAUUUUCCCCGUCUCCCCGCCCCCCAGGUAUUGUAUUAGUUACAGCUUCUGUGUAAGAAAAAGGUUUGAAGUGUCAACCAGCCUAACUGUUUUUAUUAUUUUAAGUAUUUUAUAACAUACUGCUUAUUUACAGUAUUCAUGGCCCAUUGAAUAGUAGAACUUAAACAGGGCUGCCUGUGUCAGAAAGGAAAUUGCUGCCUUCUCAAACCCCAAGUUGAGAUCCCUCAAUUCUCUGGAAGUCCCCGGCAGCUUCUAUUGCAGGCUUCCUCAACCUCAGCUCUCCAGAUGUUUUGAGACUACAAUUCCCAUCAUCCCUGACCACUGGUCCUGCUAGUUAGGGAUUAUAGGAGUUGUAGGCCAAAAACAUCUGGAGGGGUGAGGUUGAGGAAGCCUGUUCUAUUGCCUCCCAUCCUUCAAAGACCCUAAGCAGCAGCACCAUAGAAAUGGAUCGGGGAGUGGUGGUGGUGAUUUUGAAAGCAAUUGAUGAUGGGGGGGGGGGAUUAGCACAACAUUACCUUGGAGGAAGAUCCUCCCCUUCUUCCAGACUGAUUUCCAAGAUUUCAUCUUCGUCGAAAUCAAAUGGUGUGCAUGCCUGGUGUCUUGUGAUUGAUUAUGCAUUGACUGGGGCCCCCAAAUAUUUUAUUCAAGUUGACACCCCUGCCAACUUCUCUCUGCCACAGUCUUUCCCUGCUUACUAAACCCUGUUACCUCUUCAGCUUUUGACGCCUCCCCCAAAAUCUUCUCCCUCUGACCACUUAGCGUCAUCCCAUCACCAAUCCCCGGGCUCUGAGCCUUCUUCCCUUGGGAAUUUCCCAGCUGAAUCUUCCCACCAUUCCUCUGUGUGCAGCCAAUCCAUGACAUCGAGGGAGCAUGGGCAUGGCCAGGAUUUAUGUUAACUGGGCAGGAUUUAUGUUGGGGGUGGGGCAGAGCCAAGCUAUUUGCGAGAAGAUUAGUCAGUUAGUUGAGUAUUGUUAUUUAUUUAUUUACUUGAUUUGGGGCGGCAGCUGCGCCCUGCCUCCCCGGCCAUGCCCACGCGAGGGGGCAAUGCUUUUGAAUGAAUUCUCCAGCAGCCCAAUCCUCCUGCUGGUUUCCUCGGGGCCACCAAACACCUGGAGGACCUAUGCAGAGUGAGGAACAGGUGGUAAUGAUGAUGAUCCCUUGCCCUGCUUCUCAUGCACGAUUACAGCUCAAGAGGAGGUUGGGCCAAAUUAAUACUGUUCGGCAAAAUGGCUUUUAUCAGGAGUAAUUAACCUCCGAACGACCACUUUAUCUGCUUAAAAGCAGCUAUGAGCACAUCUCUGCCAUUGCUCUGUAAACGAAACAGAGGAGCAAAAACAAUGUCCAUUAGCUUUGUUAGGUUAGCAGCUGAUGAGUUACCAAGAAGCACUUAACUUAAUGGAAAUUCUCCCGCCCACCUUACCUUGAUUUGGAGGGUUUUAGUAUUUGCUAGGGUGCUCCCGACACAGAAACCCUGUCAGCUCAUUUGUUUAAGAAAUUACUCUAUUGAAGUUAGGGAGCUUUUUAAUACAACGGUGGCUCCAGCGUGGUUUAGUGUUGCAAGGAUGAACCACUGUAAAUCUGACGUUGCACUCUCCUCCCUCCCCUCUUUUCCUUCACUUUCAUAGUAGAUUAACCACAGUGUAAUGUUACAUUCAAACCAUCAAUUGUGGUUGGUGUGAAACAAGCCAGCUUCUCAGACUCUGCUUUGAAGUUGAUUCGUUUUAACACACCAUUGUUGUUGCUGUUUUUAUCAGACUGCAAAGUAAAAAAAUUACAGAUCUGUUUGCCAGCACCAAUAAAAAAAAGAAAAAAAAUCAAUUCAAGAUGUGGAUCCUCGUGGAUCUUCAUGAUAUUUACAUGAGAUGAGAGAGCAAAACCACCAGCAAAUCAUCAAAUGCAUCUCUGAACCUAGCAGUGACCUUUGAUUGAUUGAUUGAUUGAUUGAUUGAUUAUACUGAUUGAUUGAUCCCUCCAAAAGGUACCAUGGUGCAGCCUACGACACUUACAACAAAGCACCGUAAUGAUAAUAAAACCAUUUUAAAUAACCAACAAUUCAAAUAAAACACAUUAAACAACAGUGAGUGCAAAAGCUAUUUUUAUGACUGCACUACAAAUAACACUUCAGGUUCCAAAUGCAUGGACAAACUCUACAAUUCUAUGAAGAAAAUGCCUGGAACCAGUUUCUCAAUAACUUUUGCAGUGGGAGCAGAUGAAAUAUCCUUUGGGGUAGAAUUCUAGGGUUUGGGGCUGCCACUGAGAAAGCCUGGUCUUGCAUCACUGCCUUCCCCUUUGAUGAUGGUUUUGAGAGGACCCUUGUAAAAUUAUGAGGAUCCAUAAAGAUCUAGGGAGGGGGUGACUCAGAUAUCCUCAAGAGCACCAGUGCCCAGACACCACAUUGGUAGCUUGGGUUCUAACCACUACCCCACGCUACCAUUCGGCAAUAAGCAGUGCAGCGGACAGGAACUGGAGAGGUGGGGAAGAGUGUCCAUUGGCAGAAGAGCUGUUCCAACGCUCCUCCCCUCUACCCCUCCCCAACCUAAACAGUGAGCAAGUUCUAGUUAAGCACAGCCAUCUGGAAUUGCACGUGGAUAAUGUUUCUUUCUUUCUUUUCCCUGAAUGCGUCUCGGCUUGUCUGCCCUUUCUCCGUUGCCAGUGCCAAGCCGUUCACUGUUUACGCACUGCAAACAUGUUGGCUGUCGGCAUUUUCGAAGAUUUGAGCACUUUCUGCCUCUUGCUCUGCCACUGGGACCACACAGUAGGCUUCAGUCUGAGUGUGAUGGGAAGCUUAAUUAGCAGUGGCAAACAAGGAAGGGGGGGCAGUCUCUAAGGAACCAAAGCGUGCCGCAAGCAAUGCCAGCCUCUGUGAUUCUCGUUUUGGGUUAUGCUGGAUUCGUCAUCGGUUGUGCAAACCGGCAGCGACUUUUUGGCUUCUGUUUCCAGACGCACCAUAGAACCAUUAGCAGUUGCAAAAGAGGUGGGGUUGGAGGUGGAGAGAACGCAGUGGCAUAGCUUCUUAACUGGGUGAGUUCUCUUGUCGGGGCCUCAUUUAAUGGGCAUAACUGGCCUGAAGGACAGGGUUCACUUUUGCUACCUCCCAACGCCUUCGCAUCUAUGGGGUAAAUCAUUGACAGGGGCAAAAGGACUACAAGCAAUGAUGUAGUCAUACUGAAGCUAGGCAGAGUUUAUUGUCUGAGAUUGCAAAGGUCCAGAGAUGAUGGAACAGGUGUUCAGUCUGCUCUGGAGAUGACCAUGUUCCCCCAUAGCUUUGUAGUCUUGGGAAUCAUAGAAUCACAGAAUUGUAGAGUUGGAAGGGACCUCAAGAGUCAUCUAGUCCAGCCCCCUGCAAUGCAGGAAUCUCAACUAGAUCAUAUGUGACAGGUGGCCAUCCAGCCUCUGCUUAAAAACCUCCAAGGAAGGAGAGUCCACAACCUCCUGAAGAAGGCUGCUCCAUUGUCAAACAGCUCUUAGUGUCAGAAAGUCCUUACUGUCAGAAAGUCCUUCCUGAUGUUUAGUCAUAAUAUCCUUGUCACUUGAAUUCAAGGUCAGGGUGGACCAGAAGUCUAAAUAAAUACAGCCAGAAGCUCUCUCUCGAUCUUCUUCCUUUUUUUGCUUGACAAUUGAGAGUGAGUGACUGAAUCCCAGGUAACCUUUGUGACGACCGAGUUUAACAAAGUGCUUUAAAUGUUGACACUCAGCCAGAUUGCUAAUGCUGGGCGUUGUUCUUAAGCGUAAUGAUUACUGGGCUAGUUCAGGUUCAAAGAUCUGGAUUGCUUAAACGGCUCCUUUUAACCUAGCUGGUUUAAGCCUGAACCUUCACUUCUAGUCUAGGGAAGGCAGAGUUGGAAAUGGGCAGAGCAAGGUGUAUUAUUGGAUCUUGCGUUCAAUCAGACAGCUGCACAGAACUAUUGCUGAAUGUGCUGCAGAAGAGCUGUAGCUCUGGGACAGCAUCUGUGUUGCAUGCAGAAGGUUUGAUCCUUGGCAUCUCCCAGUAGGGCUGGAAAAGACUCCAAUACUUGUCCUACUAAGAGUUCUUGUUGGCAUCCAUCUAUCUUGAGUUAGCAACACCAAAGUGGCCUCCAUGGUGCGCAAGCGUAUGGAGGUCCUGGGCUGCUCAAACAACACGACUCCUGUCUCAACCUCGCUGAUGUGGUCCAAAGAAAGCAGAGCAAUAUGUUUGGCACCGGCAUGGCUGCAGGAAUUGCCAGAAGGAGGUGUACAAGGCGCCAUCCAAGUGUCUUAAGGACUCCACUCUGGGUUUGUGUAGGAUUUACUCCUUAGCCUUCUCCUGAAGAUAUCCCCUCACUGCCCUCUACAGCACAUGCAGAAACCGCUUUCUUGGCUGUUGCACCUAUUGGUCUCAUCUGCUCAAUCUGCCAGAGCCUGCAGGGCAAGUUCCUAACUCACUGAGACUUUGAGACCCAUCAGCUACCCUCACCUGGUUUAGCCAGCCAGCCAAAGCCAUUCCUGGGGUGUGGCUGCUGCUGCAUGCUGACAGCUUCUAGGAGCCACAGGUGAGAGCUGAGUGCAUGGUGGGGACCAAAGGUGGACAAACUACCCCAGAAGGAGCGCACCAUGUCAUGACUUAGGUUCAUGGGUUUCAGUGAGUCUACUCUGCGUAGGACUUAGUUGGAUUGAACCUCAGGACAGCCACUGCUAGUCAGUGUGGGCAACAAUUAUUCACUAGUGGUCUGGCUCAGUGUAAGGACAGGUUCUUCCAUUGCUAUGCUCUGCUUCAUCUUAUAUGCAGGGAAAGGCUUCAUUCAGUGGCAGAGUAACUGCUUUGCAUGCAGAAGAUUCUAGGUUGAAAUUUCAGCAACCCCAGGUUGGGCUGGGAGACAACUCUGCCUGAAGCCCUGGACAGCAUCAGCUAGUCAGGUAGUUUCCUAUACUAAUGUGGUGUUUGCUUAUACUCCUACAUUCAAGUUUAAAAUGUUGUAGAUCUUGUCUGGCAUCUGGGCACCACACUUGGGUGGAUGAUGUGGGAUGUGAAUUAUUACCAGAGGGACUAGUAACAAAAUGUUGCAGCAUGGGUUGGCCCUUGUACACAAUUCCUACCAGGCACUUUCCCAGGAUGCUCUAUUCAAAUCUCCCUUCCCCUCUUGCUCACUGAUCAUGUUCAGCCCUUGCUAAGCUGUUUUGCAAUUUAAAAAAAAACCUUCUGUGAAUGUUGAGAUAUCCCCUAGCUUUUUGAUACCUCCCUCUUAUGAGUGGACGGUGCUGUUUUGGCUGCCCAGAGCACUGGCACUCACAACAAAAUGUAAAAAAUAGAGGGCAUUUAUAGAUAAAUGAGUAUAUUGUUCUUGCAUUGGUUUUCUUUUAUGAUAAUGGUGUUUCGUGCACCAUUUUUGUGGCCUCCAAUAUUUCACAGGUAUAAAAUAGGGACAUGUCAAUGAUACCCACAUUCCCAAAGCCCCCUGAUUGAGAGAAGGGAGAGAAACAUUAUUUGUUUCAUAUAAAUCACUUUUAAGUCAUGAGAUCUGAAACACGGCAGUCCUUUGAAAUUUGCACUUCUCAGAAUUUUACCAUGUACUUGUUCAACCAAAAAAUGUGUUAAUAGUUGGAAAGUGAAGGUAAAAAUGAACACAUUCAUGAAAAUAAUAUACAAAACUAUAUUCAGCAAAAUUGCGUGUAAGGGACAGAACUGUGUGCCUCAGGGCAAAAUGCUGACAAAUUUUCGACAGGUCUUAAAAUUUGGAAAGUGGUAGAAAUCCCAUGCACCAAUGGUGGAAAAAACCGAGAUGCCGAGAGACUGUGAAAUUGACAGAUUUGUCCGUCGCUUCGUGGAGCACAUGCCUAGGAACUUCUUUGCUGCGAUUCACACAAAUGCAGCACCAACAAGCAAACUGGAAUUAUCCUGAGUUUGUAGUUUUCCAUCAGCUCUUCCUUUAUAGCCCUUAAGACGUGCCUCCUCUCUGUUAUACUUCCAUCUUUAAACAGUGGGUUGAUGGCUAUUCCAGGAGGAGCAACUAGUGUUGGGUGUUUAGCUAAAGUGUAUUUACCUUAGCUAGCUAAUUAGCAGAUAUGCAAUUAGUUACCUCCGAGGAAGUGCCGAGCCUGUGGUAGUUUUUGAAGGCGGCAGCAACAGCUGCUGCUGCUGUUAUCAGUGGGGGUGCCUCUCCAAACUCUCUAACUUCCUUCAGAUCCCUCUCCAAAAUACGCCUUUUCCACAGAGCCUUGAUUGAUUGAUUUACAGUGGAACCUCCGUUUUCAAAUGUCUCCAUUGACGAACGAUUCAGAACCCAAACACUGUAAACCUGGAAGUAAAUGUUUCUGUUUUUGAACUUUGACUUCUGAGACAUCUUCCGUAUUGAGUUUUUCGUAUUAUUUUUUCCAUUUUGAGGCUUCCGUAUUGAGUUUUCAGUUUUCAAACAUUUCAGAACUCAAAUGGUCUUCCGGAAAGGAUUACAUUCAAAAACGGAGGUUCCACUGUAUUUAUUUUUUAAAUUAAAGUACUUCCAUCCUGUUUUUCCCAGCACAAAAAAAUUCAGGCAGCUUUGCAGAGUUCCAAAGAGGUUGCCAAUGGGGGUGCCAUCCAGAUGUUUUCAGACUCCCAAAUCCCACCGGCCCAGCCAACAUGGCUGGGGGUCAGGGAUGAUGGUAGUGGAAGGUAAGAAUAAAAGAAAAAAUUACUUGGCCUGAUUUGAACUGCUCAGGCCAGUGUGAAGUGAAGCAAAGUGCAGGUGUGCUUCUGAAUUUAUGCUUCUCUGGAUUUUGCAAUACAGCUCUACUGCCAAAAGCUGUGUACACAAAUGUGUAUCAGUGAAAAGUGAGCACACACAAAAUCCAUAUAUUAGUGGAAAUUAUGCAGAAAAAUAAAUUAAGUUGAAGAAAAUGGCUUGCAGAAAUCACCUAACUGAUAUGGAAAGGAGGGGGUAAGAUUUUUCAUUGUAAAUUAUGUCAUUUGAAAAUUUUCUUACUCCUUUCUUUCUCCAGGUCUCAUUUUAAACUCAGGUAUUUGGAAGGAACCCAAACUGGAGCCAUUCCUGGACUUUGUUCCUUGAUUUAUGGAAGAUAUGCUCUGAACUGCCCACCCGCACCCCAUCCCCGUGCCCAGAUCAAGGGGGCCCAGCAUUAUAACAGGAUGGCCCACUCCAGGUCGAAUGGAUCUCACUAUGCUUUGACGGCAAUAGGGUUGGGGAUGCUUGUUCUCGGGAUCAUUAUGGCUGUCUGGAACUUGGUCCCCGGAUUUGGCCCAAGUGGGAAGCCACACUCAGUUGGAAACAGCAGCAAGCCCGACGGUGGUCGAGGAAAUACGUAUAAAAGCAAUACGUUUUCGGUGGCUUACGUCCUGGCUGGUGCUGGGGUCUUGCUCUUGCUUUUCUCCAUUUGCCUGAGUGUUCGUGACCGAAUGAAGCAAAGGGAAAGUGACAGCAUCUCUAGGAUACGGCAGCAAGUCUCGGUUGAGCAACAGCCACAGGAAGACAGGUGAGAAGAUACGAUCAGGCCUUGAAAGCAAAUUAUUGAUAUAUGGGAUGGAGAGCCUGUGGCUCUCCAGAUGUUGGCUACAAUUCCCACCAGCCCCUUCCAGCAUGACUAGUGGUCAGGGGUGAUGGGAAUUACUUUCUCCAGAAAAAGGGUGGCUUUGUUGGGGGGGGAAUAAGGUGGGGUGCUACAGGGGUCAAGAGGGAGAGAAGGCAAGAGGGAGAGGGAGAAGGAAAGACAUGCACACAUUGGAUCUCGUAAACCAAUACUUAAAUUCAUUAUUUUUCACAGGUCCCCUCCCCAAUCUCAUCCAAUCACAGAUCCCAUCUUUUUCCAUUGGCUGAACCCUAAAAAUGACAUGUUUCUGAGGCACCAAGCCUCAAAGUUCCAGUCAAAUCAUAUCACCUCUGUAUUCACAGAUGGAACCAUAGAAUUGCCUAGUCCAACCCUCUGCAAUACAGGAAUCUUUUUGCCCAACAUGGGACUCAAACCCAUGACUCUGAAAUUAAGUGUCUCGUGUCCUACCAACAGAGCUAUCCACUUGCCCAUGUGUUCUGUGACUUGGUAGCUUUGUUCUCAUCUUCCAAUGUUAAAAAAAAAAAAAAAAGGGAAAGCUCCAUGAGGAUCUUUGCCUCUGGCCCAUGUUUUUGUGGUGCUGGCAAACAGCAGAACUGCAAUUGUUGUUGUUGUUUUGUAGAAUCUUAAUAGUGUAAGGCUUAAUACGUUAGUGAGACGUGCUGGAUAAAAAAUAUUUUAAAUAAAAUAAAAUACCAGCCAGUGAGUUUUCUGGCUUUUGGAUAUCGUAACCUGAAUGAGGUAGUGCUAAAGCGAGACAGUGAUUACUUCUAAAUUCUCCCUCUGCAGUCAAGAAGAGGAUGAGGAGACGCCCUCUCGCUACUAUGUGCCCAGUUACGAAGAGGUCAUGAACACAGGGCACCCUGAGCUCAGCGACAUAGACAGAAGCGCAAGGAUCAGUAUGUCUCUGCCCUCCUAUGAAUCUCUCACUGGGAUUGACGAAACCACGCCGACCAGGCCUGCUGCCGCCGCUGAAGAAAGGCCCAACAUUGAACGUCAGCCCAGCAGACACAGUUCCCGCCUGAGCAAAAGACUCAAACCCUUGAAAGUCCGGAGGAUCAUGUCCGAAAAGCUACACCUAAAAAACCUCAACUUAGACCUCCCUGCUGGAAAUAACACGGGGCGGAUAACAAUAGAGCCUCUGACCCCUCCGCCCCAGUACGAUGAGGUUCCCAAUAAGCACACAGAAAGCCGGGAAGAGACUUGAGGCAACUGUAUGGACUGCUGACCAAAAACAUAAUUAAAAACUUGAUUUCUGUGGCAAUGUCAAGUUUGUGGCUUUAAAAAAAGCCGGGGCAAACCGCACACCUAUUUUGGUGACUCUUUGAAUGAGGUGGAUCAGUCUGGGACACGUCAAGCUAGAUCCUGAGUCUUGUGUCAAAUGUUUCCCCAUUUUAGAAACUAAUUUCCUUGUGCAUAUAAUACUAGUCUGCCAGAGAGAGGAUUCUUGCCUAAGCUUCUUUUUGACAUGCUAGAGGUUUUUUAUAUGUAGGAUUUUAUUUUUUCUCUUGGCAUGAGAGCCUUGUCCUGAAGUGAAGCCAGGCGACCAGUCUGCUGCCUUGGUGAAAACAAAGCACAAAUGAAUCCUCUUAUGUCCAAUGUAAUGAAAUUCAGAUCUGGUCGGUGGGCUGGAUCAUUUUCAGCCCCACUCCCUGUGGGAGAAAAUGUGACAGGAGGGAGAGGCUGCUCACCUGUCAAUCACGUGACAUCACAAAAUAUGCCUAGUGUAGGACAGGUGGGUAUGGCUUGACUGUAAUGGCCCCACGGGCCAAAUGGGGAGGUCUCAUGUGCCUGCCUUAGUCUGGGCUGGCGGUUUCCCACCCCUGCACCAGGAUGCACCUGAAUUUUAGCAAUAGGGAACUUUUAUAUAUAUAAAUUAUGACACAUUUUUGUAUGCCUCUUUUGGCAGUCAUUUUUAAACGGUUUCUCCAGAUGCUUGACAUGGUUACAUCUUUACUUUGGCAGUUUCUGUUCACUGAGAUAUGAAAGGCUCUCUUUUCACCAGAUUUUAGAUUAUGUGUAGAAUGCACAGGUGCCAUAUAUAUCCAUCCAUCACAGAGAAAUAAAAUGUUAAGGAGACAGAAGGAAGUUUACUGCUGCUAAAGGAGUAAACUUUAGUGCCCCCCCCAAGCAACCAAAGAUACUUCAGGUUCCCACAGGAAGAAGACAGUCUGAUUUUCUAACACACAGCCUUUGUUUGAAUUUUUUAGCUACUGUAUUGUAAAUAAUAAAAAAAAUUCAAUAUGUAAUAUGUCAGUGUUGGGAUGCUGUGGGUGGGCUUUCUUUUUAUUAAAAAAGAAUGUGUGUGAUGUGUGUGUUGUCUAACCUGGAG